UUUAAUAAAAAUGCAGGAAAGCCGCAGCGUGGGUGUAACGAUCAUUGUCCUUUAUAUACGGAUUGUGCAAAUAAUGGCUGCUCCUAUAUAUAAACCCCAAAUAUACAGGGAAUAUAUAGGGAAUGAGAGGGCUCGGUGCAGUGAGUGGCGUUGGGCAGAGAGACAGCGAGAGAGACAGCGAGAGAGACAGCGAGAGAGACAGGCGCAGAGCUUUGCAGGUACCAAUACAAUGAAUUAUCUGGAAGACACAUCUCCGUGCCCUCUAAGUGAGGAGGAGAGCAGACUGGCCUAUGGAGCGAAGCAGAGAGCCUUGGAUAUUCUAGUUGAUGCCCUGAGGAAACAGGACAGUGUUUUGGUGGAGAAUGCAGGGGAAUAUGGUCAUUCUGUGGGACGGCGCCCGUCUCUCUCCCCUCACCUGGUGCUCAGUCUGAGGGCUGAACUGGAGCGAGUGACUUUCGUCAAAGUGGCCCACCCAUUCUAUGCCAUUUGUUACAUCUACCCCAGAUCACACGAGAGGAUAAUAUAUCUGGGCCCCCGAUUCUGGAAACAAGGGCAGUUCCUAGGGGCAGAUUCCCGGCCUGGGUUACUGAUCAAAAAGGCGGCGCAGUUUCUGCUUCACCAAACUCCCGGCGCGGUGCCGGCGGAACAUGGUACAGUCGUGCAAGGGCAACGCCAUGAAGCGCUUUCAGCCAAUCAGAUUCGCAGGGAGUUUGAAACAGUCUUAAACCAUCAGGGCAGGAAAACAGCCCAGGAUUCUGUUUGUGAAGAUCCUUAUAGCAGAUCAUGGUUACUGAGAAAUACACCUUGUGGCUUAUUAUUACUGAGUAAUAAAGAGAGGAAAGUGGCAGAGGAAACAAAGCAGAGAACCCUGAGGAUUCUACUCAAUGCUGUGGAGAAAAGGGACAGUCACGUAAUGGAGAAACCUGAGGAUUUUUUUGGUGGCCAAAGACUAAAAAAUUGCCCCCUGACCCCCCCACGCUUGGUGCAAGAUGUGGUCAUUAAACUACAGAAGGUUACAGUAUUGGGAAAUCAAACUGAAUGUACUAUUAUAUAUAUACAUAUUAUAUAUUAUAUACACUCAGCCUUGAGAGUGCAGACUACAUGAAUGUAUUGGCCUCGGCCAUUGUGUGUACCAGGGGAGUUACCUUUGCUGUUCAAUAAACCUUCCGUUCAUGGUUAAGAA